GGCCUCCUUCACCGUGUCUCCUCCCUCCCCCCCCCCCACUCCCGCAGAGCUCCUGGGCUCCACCAAGAAGAUCAAUGUCAAUUUCCAAGACCCUGAUGGCUUUUCAGCCCUGCACCAUGCAGCCCUGAAUGGCAACACGGAGCUCAUCACCUUGCUGCUGGAGGCCCAGGCUGCUGUGGACAUCAAGGACAACAAAGGCAUGCGGCCGCUGCACUACGCGGCCUGGCAGGGCCGGAAGGAGCCCAUGAAGCUGGUACUGAAGGCGGGCUCGGCAGUGAACAUCCCAUCCGAUGAGGGCCACAUCCCCCUGCACUUGGCGGCCCAGCACGGUCACUAUGAUGUGUCUGAAAUGCUGCUGCAGCACCAGUCCAACCCCUGCAUGGUGGACAACUCGGGCAAGACGCCCCUGGACCUGGCCUGUGAGUUUGGCCGCGUCGGGGUGGUCCAGCUGCUUCUGAGCAGCAACAUGUGUACGGCCUUGCUGGAGCCCCGGCCGGGGGACACCACCGACCCCAACGGCACCAGCCCCCUGCACCUGGCGGCCAAGAAUGGCCACAUCGACAUCAUCAGACUGCUGCUCCAAGCCGGCAUCGACAUUAACCGCCAGACCAAGUCUGGCACCGCCCUGCACGAGGCCGCGCUCUGCGGGAAGACGGAGGUGGUUCGGCUGCUGCUGGAUAACGGGAUCAACGCCCAUGUGAGGAACACGUACAGCCAGACUGCCCUGGACAUCGUGCAUCAGUUCACCACCUCCCAGGCCAGCAAGGAGAUCAAGCAGCUGCUGCGAGAGGCCUCGGCGGCCCUGCAGGUCCGGGCGACCAAGGAUUACUGCAACAACUACGACCUGACCAGCCUCAACGUGAAAGCUGGGGACAUCAUCACAGUCCUUGAGCAGCACCCAGAUGGCCGCUGGAAGGGCUGUAUCCAUGACAACAGGACAGGCAAUGACCGUGUGGGCUACUUCCCCUCUUCCCUGGGCGAGGCCAUCGUCAAGCGAGCAGGUCCCCGAGCAGGUGCUGAACCAAGUCCACCCCAGGGAGGCAGCUCCACAGGGCCCGCUGCGCCCCCCGAGGAGAUCUGGGUGCUGAGGAAGCCUUUUGCAGGCGGGGACCGCAGCGGCAGCUUGAGCGGCACAGCUGGGGGCCGGAGCGGCGGGGGCCACACCCUGCACGCGGGCUCUGAAGGGGUCAAGCUCCUGGCAACGGUGCUCUCCCAGAAGCCGGUAUCUGACUCCAGCCCCGGGGACAGCCCGGUCAAGCCUCCGGAGGGCCCUGCAGGUGCGACCCGGGCCCAGCCUCCAGCAGCCCACAUGGGCACGGGCUAUGGGGAGCAGCCACCCAAGAAGCUGGAGGCGGCGUCCGAGGGCAAGGGUGCCGAGGCUGUCAGCCAGUGGCUUGCCACGUUCCAGCUGCAGCUCUAUGCCCCCAAUUUCAUCAGCGCUGGCUACGACCUGCCCACCAUCAGCCGCAUGACCCCUGAGGACCUCACGGCCAUCGGGGUCACCAAGCCCGGCCACCGGAAGAAGAUCACUGCAGAGAUCAGCGGCCUGAGCCUCCCCGACUGGCUGCCUGAGCACAAACCCGCGAACCUGGCCGUGUGGCUGUCUAUGAUCGGCCUGGCGCAGUACUACAAAGUGCUGGUGGACAAUGGCUACGAGAACAUUGACUUCAUCACCGACAUCACCUGGGAGGACCUGCAGGAGAUCGGCAUCACCAAGCUGGGCCACCAGAAGAAGCUGAUGCUGGCCGUGCGGAAACUGGCAGAGCUACAGAAGGCAGAAUACGCUAAGUACGAGGGGGGACCCCUGCGCCGGAAGGCACCGCAGUCGCUGGAGGUGAUGGCCAUCGAGUCGCCACCCCCACCCGAGCCUGCCCCGGCUGACUGCCAGUCUCCAAAGAUGACCACCUUCCAGGACAGCGAGCUCAGCGGGGAGCUGCAGGCGGCCCUGACCGGCCCAGCCGAAGGGGCUGCUGCUGCCACCGCCCCGGCCGAGAAGCCCUCCAACCACCUGCCGCCCACCCCGAGGGCCUCGGGGCGGCAGGAGCCCAGCCUGGGGGGCAGGGCACGGCACAUGAGCAGCUCCCAGGAGCUGCUGGGCGAUGGGCCCCCGGGACCCAGCAGCCCCAUGUCACGGAGCCAGGAGUACCUGCUCGAUGAGGGGCCGGCCCCCAGCACCCCCCACAAAGAGGCCCGGCCCAGCCGCCACGGCCACAGUGUCAAGCGGGCCAGCGUGCCCCCAGUGCCGGGCAAGCCUCGGCAGGUCCUGCCGCCAGGGGCCAGCCACUUCACGCCCCCCCAGACACCCACAAAACCCCGGCCAAGCUCCCCGCAGGCCCUGGGGGGGCCUCAUGGCCCAGCACCAGCCACAGCCAAGGUGAAGCCCACCCCUCAGCUGCUGCCGCCCACAGAGCGACCCAUGUCCCCCCGCUCGCUUCCUCAGUCGCCCACUCACCGCGGCUUUGCCUACGUGCUGCCCCAACCGGUGGAGAGUGAGGCCGGGCCGGCUGCCCCUGGGCCCGCGCCCACACCGGUGCCCACGCUGUGCCUGCCGCCCGAGGCCGACGCGGAGCCAGGGAGGCCCAAGAAGCGCGCCCACAGCCUGAAUCGCUACGCGGCGUCCGACAGCGAGCCAGAGCGGGACGAGCUGCUGGUGCCGGCCGCCGCUGGGCCCUAUGCCACAGUCCAGCGGCGCGUGGGCCGCAGCCAUUCUGUGCGGGCGCCCGCUGGCGCAGACAAGAACGUCAAUCGCAGUCAGUCGUUCGCCGUGCGGCCACGGAAGAAGGGGCCACCCCCGCCCCCACCCAAGCGCUCCAGCUCCGCCAUGGCCAGCGCCAACCUGGCCGAUGAGCCGGCGCCAGAUGCGGAGACCGAGGGGGCCGGGGCAGAGGACAGCCGGCUGGGGGUCCGGGCGCAGCGCCGGCGGGCCAGUGACCUGGCUGGCAGCGUGGACACAGGAAGUGCGGGCAGUGUGAAGAGCAUCGCAGCCAUGCUUGAGCUGUCAUCCAUCGGGGGUGGGGGCCGGGCAGCCCGUAGGCCCCCUGAGGGCCACCCCAUGCCUCACCCUGCCAGCCCAGAGCCAGGCCGGGUGGCCACGGUGCUGGCCUCAGUGAAGCACAAGGAGGCCAUCGGACCUGACGGCGAGGUGGUGAACCGGCGCCGCACGCUGAGCGGGCCCGUCACGGGACUCCUGGCCACUGCUCGCCGGAGUCCCGGAGAGCCAGCGGGGCCUGCAGACCAUGGUCAGUUGGUGGAAGAGGGUGCCGCCCGGCAGCGGCCCCGAGGUCCAACCAAGGGCGAGGCAGGUGCAGAGGGCCCGCCCCUAGCCAGGGUGGAGGCCAGUGCCACCCUCAAGAGGCGCAUCCGGGCCAAGCAGAGCCAGCAGGAGAACGUCAAGUUCAUCCUAACUGAGUCUGACACGGUCAAGCGCCGGCCCAAGGUCAAAGAGCGGGAGGUGGGUCCCGAGCCUCCCCCACCACCACUGUCUGUGUACCAGAAUGGAACGGGCACUGUGCGCCGCCGGCCGGCCUCUGAGCAGGCUGGACCCCCAGAGCUGCCCCCGCCACCCCCGCCUGCUGAGCCCCCGCCCUCUGACCUCAUGCACCUGCCCCCACUGCCCCCUCCGGACAGCGAUGCCCGGAAGCUGGCCAAGCCACCUGUCUCUCCCAAGCCCGUUCUGGCUCAGCCCGUGCCCAAGAUCCAGGGCUCGCCCACACCUGCCUCCAAGAAGGUGCCGCUGCCAGGUCCUGGCAGCCCAGAGGUGAAGCGUGCGCAUGGCACGCCGCCGCCCGUGUCUCCCAAGCCGCCACCACCGCCCACGGCGCCUAAGCCGGCCAAGGCCGCGGCGGGGCUGCAGUCGGGCAGUGCCAGCCCGUCGCCCGCGCCUUCUGCUGCCGCGGCUGCAGGACCCCCAGCCGCUCCCGACGGCGCCUCGCCGGGGGACAGCGCCCGGCAAAAGCUGGAGGAAACAAGCGCGUGCCUGGCGGCGGCGCUGCAAGCCGUAGAAGAGAAGAUCCGGCAGGAGGACGCGCAGGGAUCGCGCCCCUCGGCCGCGGAGGAGAAGAGCACCGGCAGCAUCCUGGACGACAUUGGCAGCAUGUUUGACGACCUGGCCGACCAGCUGGACGCCAUGCUGGAGUGACGCGGCCGCCCACGUCGGGCCCGCACGCUGACCUUUACCUCAG